AUGAUCCAAGGCGCACUCGCCGCCGCUUCUGAUACCGGCGCCAUCGAGGUGAUCGGUGCGGAUUGCGAUUACGACGCGGACUUCGACUACGGUGUCGAUUCUCCUACGGUGUUGCUCCUGUCUCCGGACGCGGAUCUGCCCGUGCAACCGGACGAUGACAACGGCCCCCUGGUGCUCCGAUGCGUCGCCGACGAUGAUUUGGAUUCGCCCGAUCUCUACGAAGAUUCCGAUGACUUCGUCGCCGUGCCCUGCGCCCCCACCGAACUGGUCAAACGCAUCCUCCGCCUGGCUCAACGCCGGGCGAUUGAAUUGGGUUCGGCCGACUCGAUACGGGUGGGCGGGAUUUCGCUUAACCCGGCCACCUACCAGGUUAGCGCCAACGGUCGCCCGGUGGACCUGGCUUGGUUGGAGUUCCAACUCCUGCAUUUCCUGAUGGACAACGUGGGCAAGGUAUUCACCCGGGACCAGCUGUUAGCCAACGUCUGGGGAGUGGAAAACAUCGGCGGUACACGCACCGUGGAUGUCCAUAUCCGCCGCCUGCGCUACAAGCUGGAAAACGGCGCCGAGACUUAUUUCCGCACCGUCAAGAACGUCGGGUACGGCAUGAUUGAACCGUAG